GCGAACAAGUGCUCUGGCCGAAAACUCUCACGCUGAACCUCCCUUUGCCCGACAAGUCAAACUUGUUGCAGAUUCUCCCAGAGUGUGUGGACCCUCCAGAAAAAAACAAACAAACAUGGCAGACUACCGGGACGACAACGGAGCUCGGGCCCUGCUUGCAUUACAGUCGGCGCCGUGCAGCCCCGUGCGCGUCGCGGUGACCUCUCACUCCUAUCACCAGCCGUCGCUCGCGCUCCUGGGUCCUCCGUUAAUGGAAGCUCGCGGCGUGGCUGGCGGGUUUCCCGCGAGGCUCUCCUCGACUCCCCCGCAGGCCCUGGCGAGGCUCGAGGGCCGGGACUUUGAGUUUGUCAUGCGCCAGAGGACGGUCACCAUAGGCCGGAACUCGUCCCACGGCUCGGUGGACAUCAACAUGGGUCACUCGAGUUUCAUUUCACGGCGACACUUGCAGAUCAGCUACGACGAGGCGGGCGGCUUCUCCCUGCGGUGCCUGGGGAAGAAUGGCGUGUUUGUUGACGGGGUGUUCCAGCGGAGAGGAGCGCCGCCGCUUCCACUGCCCAGAGAGUGUGUGUUUCGUUUUCCCAGUACCGUCAUCAAGAUCCAGUUUAUGUCGCUCCUGGAAGUCGAGGAGCACAGCGAGAAGGAGCAGCCCUCUCCUCCUCCUCGCCCGCUCCUGCCCCACAUAUCCCCCCUGAAAAUCAGCAUUCCCACCAUGCAGCAGCAUGAAGAGCACAUCAGGGCCUUCGGCUCCCCGCUGCCGUCGCCCACCGGCACAAUCAGUGUUCCCAACUCCUGUCCUGCUAGCCCUCGAGGGGCGGGGUCAUCAGGGUAUCGCUACGGACGCAACGUGACGUCUGACCUCCAGUUAGCGGCCGAAUACGCUGCGAAGGCCGUAUCUGAGCAGAGGCGAAGCCUCGCGGAGCACCGGGGCGGGGGAAGUGAGCAGCGUGGAGAGUCGGCGGGAGGAGACAGCCCCAAGGAUGAGUCCAAGCCGCCGUAUUCCUACGCACAGCUGAUCGUCCAGGCCAUCUCUUCGGCUCCAGACAGACAGCUUACGCUCAGCGGGAUCUACGCCCACAUCACCAAACACUACCCCUACUAUCGCACUGCAGACAAGGGUUGGCAGAAUUCAAUCAGACACAAUUUGUCCCUCAACCGCUACUUUCUGAAAGUGGCCCGCUCUCAGGAUGAGCCGGGAAAAGGAAGUUUCUGGCGAAUCGACUCUGCCUCCGAGAGCAAGCUGGUGGAGCAAGCCUUCAGGAAAAGACGGCAAAGAGGGGUGGCUUGCUUUAGGACUCCCUUCGGACCGCUGUCGUCGAGAACCAAGAGCGCUCCCGCGUCUCCGACCCAUCAGGGGCUCCUGUCGCCCACAUCCAGCGGGCUGCAGACUCCUGAAUGUCUGAGCAGAGAGGGCUCUCCAAUCCCCCAUGACCACCACGAGCAGCUCGCUAGCAAACUGGCGUCUGUGCCGGAGUAUCGGUAUUCUCAAAGCGCCCCAGGCUCUCCAGUCAGUGCUCAGCCCGUCAUCAUGGCAGCGCCGCCUCAUCCAACGGUGCUGAAGCCCAUUCACGUGCUUCAGAGCAUCCCUCAGUCCUCCAUCACCAUGGUGCGGGUGGUCACCAGCGCCCCCCCAUCUUCCACCCCGCCUAAUGGGUACAGCACUCUGAGCGUCGGGGGUCUGGAGAGCAACAGCGACAUCAGAGAGGCCCAGCAGAACAGAGAGCUGGUGAUCCAGACCUUGGACAGCGCGGUGCAGGGUGGCGAAGGACGCCACGUCACCCCGGGUUUGCACCAACUUCCUGUCCGCCCCGUUACCCAGAAUGGCAAACACACCACUGCUGCCGUCUCCACAGCCACCAGCUUUGCUAAUUCACCUGGCCUGAACAGUCCUCUGCAGAUCCUGGCCGCCCAGGCUUCCAGCUCUCCUCCGGUGCUGGUCAGCAGGCAGCCCAGCGGCGAGGCCUCCUGCGGGCAAGCUGGCGAGCCGCUGGCCAAGCGGCCCAAGGUGGAGGACGGAGAGACUGAAUCUGCUCAGCAUCAAGUUACAUCUGCCCAGCAGCCCGUUAUUGUCGCCAUGACGUCACAAACCCACGAGCCCCGGCAAUGAGAGCCGGCGCCUCUCAGCAGGUAUCCGACAGGGCAGUCCUCCCUGUCGCAUCCCGAAUGUCUCGCCUCUUUACACGAAUGUGACUGUAGGUCCCGCCGGCUUGUUGGAAGGGAAGCGAAUAGGUUUUUAGUCAAGACGACAUAAAACGUGUAUAUGUUCUACAUUUUAAAAAGCAAUUGGCUUCGGUCUGUUUCAUCUUUUUCGCCGAUCGAAUGAAGGCGAGGACGGUUAGGCCGAAAGAAAAAAAAAUGUUUAAGCACUACUUUAACCUUCAAAACAUUGGCGGCGUCUCCAAAAGUGGUGUAACUCAAGCCAAAGACCCGAUCUUGACUGCUACGUCGGUUGGUUAGUGCCUGCUUUAAACAUGGAAGCAUGGACGGUGGAGCCUGUGGAAGCUGUGAUGAAGUAAGAGGUGGCAGCACAUACCCAAACCAGGCUUAUGACACCCGGGAUACUAAGAUCAUGACUAGUUUAAUAAAAAAAAGAAAAAAAGAAGAAGAAGAGAUCUAGGAUUAGAUUGUGAAGUGAGACAGAAACAAAACAGGUUGGUCUCAGGUGGACAUCAAUCUUAAGGCCAAGACCAGAAUGUAAUACCUCUCGCCUUCUCUGUGAAGCACAGCAGCAAAAAGCGGACGACUGGGGAAAUCCAGGAAAGACGAGCCAUCAGUCUCUCAGCGUGAAGCUCCUCAGAUUCAGGUCGAUCAGGUUAACGAAGGACGGCGGCGUCGUGCAGAGAAGGACAGAAAGAGGCAGCUACUGGAGGUCGACUGAAGCGGAGAGCUAACCUAAUGUAGACAAACUGAUUGUUUUUCCUUUUUGUUUGGCUUGUGUAGUGGUAUGGGGAGAAGCGAAAACGGCCUCCGUGCACAUUUGUUUCAGCACAAAGAGGCAUUAUUGUAAUAAUCCUCGAAGCCUUAAAAUAUUUCUACUUUUCUGAAAAUGUAUUUUUAGCCUGUAGAGGGCUUUGCUGUUUUAGAUUAACAUAGCGCUUUAACCGUACGCGAUCAGCAACACUACAACGGCAGCAGUUACGUUGCGCCAGUGAACUCGUUUCAGUUUUCUUAAGGGGCGGGACCAACUCACGACCAGAAACUCUUUACUGUUCUCAGCUUUCCUUCCUUCUGUGUGGUACUUUUCCGUAUUUUACCCCUCCGGCUUGCUUUUCUUCCUCUCCUCAUUGACAGUUUUUUUUUUUUUUUUCCUCGGUGGUUAGUCUCCGCGGAGGCAUCAAGCUGCCGGCAUUUCCUGUCGCAGACGCUGCCUUAAUUAGAUUCCCUCUAGCACUUUCUCCCCCGCUCUGAUGUCUCAUCCUCACUCUGCCUUUCGCACCUCUGAAUGUCCUCUCGCCGGCUUCGGGCUCAAGAUUUCAAGUGAUUGUUGUUGCACAAUAAGAAAGACGGAUGCAUUAUGAUUGUAUGCUGCUCUAUCUGCUAAAUAACAAAGCUAAUUGUUUUUGUUUUUUUUUCUUAUUUUGGAAAAAAUACUUUGCUAUGUGUUUAAAGCAGCUGUCAUCAACAGGUAAACAUGGAAAUAGAGAGGUAUAUGUAUUUUUUAAUGUCCCUGUUUUUGUGAUUUGUUAAAAUGUGUAGCACAAAUUAAAAUAAUUCUUAUUGA